AUGGUUUUUGGAGCAAUGGUCAACCGGGCCUUCGAGGUGCCGUGGGUCAGGAACAUGAUGAAGCCAGUUGCCAGCUGGUACGUUGGCGCCGCUGGAUACAGAAAGCUGGGUCUGAGAUUCGAUGACUUGAUCCCAGAAGAGAACGACACUGUUCAAUUGGCGUUGAAGAGACUUCCUCCCAAGGAAGCGUACGACCGCAUCUACCGCAUCCGCCGAGCUGUUCAGUGCUCCGUUGAACAUCAACUUCUGCCUGAAAAAGACCAGACCAAGCCAGAAGAGGAUGUCCGAUACCUCCUACCACUCAUCGAAGCCAUCCAGCGUGAACAAGCCGAGCGCGCUGAACUCGACGCCCUCGUCAUCAAGCGAUGA